AUGAAGCUUGCUACCUUUUGCUUCGUCUCUUCCUUUGCGGUCCUCGCGAACGUCGGUGCAGCCGACGGAAGCCUCCGUACCUCCUCUUUGCGCGGCAACAACCAAACACUUGAUGGCGCUGUCACCAAGACUCACCAUGAUGGGCAAGAUGUUGUCAAGAUGGGAACCAUGGUCACCAUUGAUGGAACUUCCAACGCCCCUGCUGGAUCCCAUUCUUCUGAGAAGCAUGCCCCCAUUCUGAGCAAGUGCAUGACUGAAUCCUAUGGCAACCAGAUGGGGUACACUCUUGAGUCCUUUGAAGUGAACAAGGAGAUUGAUGUCAAGAAGGAUGAAGAAACCAACAACCUUGAGUCUCUACUGGUGGCUGGGAUGACUGGUACAUUGGCCUUGAGUACUACCUUGGAGGUGCCAAUUCUAUGGUGGCUGAGCAACACCAAGACCUUUGCCCAUGCCCAUGACUGCAAGAUUGAGUACUUUGUCCACUUCCCUGACAAUGGUCCCAUUGCCAAGUCUGUUGAUGUUCAGCCUGUCAAGAAGGUCAAGGCUGGAAGCACCAUGAUGGGCAAGAUUUGUCAAGAUGGGAACCAUGGUACCAUUGAUGGAACUUCCAACGCACCUGCUGGAUCUCAUUCUUCUGAGAAGCAUGCCCCCAUUUUGAGCAAGUGCAUGACUGAAUCCUAUGGCAACCAGAUGGGGUACACUCUUGAGUCCUUUGAAGUGAACAAGGAGAUUGAUGUCAAGAAGGAUGAAGCAACCAACAACCUUGAGUCCUCUACUGGUGGCUGGGAUGACUGGUACAUUGGCCUUGAGUACUACCUUGGAGGUGCCCAAUUCUAUGGUGGCUGGUGGGCCAAAGCUAUCCACGAAAGUUUGAAGCCAUGUUUGGAUUGCCUUGUCCAGAGCAACACCAAGACCUUUGCCCAUGCCCAUGACUGCAAGAUUGAGUACUUUGUCACUUCCCUGACAAUGGUCCCAUUCUCAAGUCUGUUAGAUGUUCAGCCUGUCAAGAACGUCAAGGCUGAGAAGCACCAUGAUGAGGCAGAUGUUGUCAAGAUGGGAACCAUGGUCACCAUUGAUGGAACUUCAAUGCCCCUGCUGGAUCUCCAUUCUUCUGAGAAGCAUGCCCCCAUUCUGAGCAAGUGCAUGACUGAAUCCUAUGGCAACCAGAUGGGGUACACUCUUGAGUCCUUUGAAGUGAACAAGGAGAUUGAUGUCAAGAAGGAUGAAGAAACCAACAACCUUGAGUCUCUACUGGUGGCUGGGAUGACUGGUACAUUGGCCUUGAAUACUACCUUGGAGGUGCCCAAUUCUAUGGUGGCUGGUGGGAGCAACACCAAGACCUUUGCCCAUGCCCAUGACUGCAAGAUUGAGUACUUUGUCCACUUCCCUGACAAUGGUCCCAUUGCCAAGUCUGUUGAUGUUCAGCCUGUCAAGAACAUCAAGGCUGAGAAGCACCAUGAUGGGCAAGAUGUUGUCAAGAUGGGAACCAUGGUCACCAUUGAUGGAACUUCCAAUGCCCCCGCUGGAUCUCAUUCUUCUGAGAAGCAUGCCCCCAUUUUGAGCAAGUGCAUGACUGAAUCCUAUGGCAACCAGAUGGGGUACACUCUUGAGUCCUUUCAAGUGAACAAGGAGAUUGAUGUCAAGAAGGAUGAAGAAACCAACAACCUUGAGUCCUCUAGUGGUGGCUGGGAUGACUGGUACAUUGGCCUUGAGUACUACCUUGGAGGUGCUCAAUUCUAUGGUGGCUGGUGGGGUGAGUUGUCUUCCGCUGAAGGCAAUGCUGACCCAGUUGCCCGAUUCCUUGAAGCCCACUUCUCCAGUCCUUCAGCCAAAGCUAUCCACGAAGAGUUUGAAGCCAAUGUUUGCGAUUGCCUUGUCCAGAGCAACACCAAGACCUUUGCCCAUGCCCAUGACUGCAAGAUUGAGUACUUUGUUCAUUUCCCUGACAAUGGUCCCAUUCUCAAGUCUGUUAAUGUUCAGCCUGUCAAGAAGGUCAAGGCUGAGAAGCACCAUGAUGAGCAAGAUGUUGUCAAGAUGGGAACCAUGGUCACCAUUGAUGGAACUUCCAAUGCCCCCGCUGGAUCUCAUUCUUCUGAGAAGCAUGCCCCCAUUUUGAGCAAGUGCAUGACUGAAUCCUAUGGCAACCAGAUGGGGUACACUCUUGAGUCCUUUGAAGUGAACAAGGAGAUUGAUGUCAAGAAGGAUGAAGCAACCAACAACCUUGAGUCCUCUACUGGUGGCUGGGAUGACUGGUACAUUGGCCUUGAGUACUACCUUGGAGGUGCCCAAUUCUAUGGUGGCUGGUGGGGUGAGUUGUCUUCCACUGAAGGCAAUGCUGACCCAGUUGCACGAUUCCUUGAAGCCCACUUCUCCAGCCCUUCCGCCAAAGCUAUCCAUGAACAGUUUGAAGCCGAUGUUUGUGAUUGCCUUGUCCAGAGCAACACCAAGACCUUUGCCCAUGCCCAUGACUGCAAAAUUGAUUACUUUGUCCACUUCCCCGACAGUGGUCCCAUUCUCAAGUCUGUUGAUGUUCAGCCUGUCAAGAAGGUCAAGGCUGAGAAGCACCAUGAUGGGCAAGAUGUUGUCAAGAUGGGAACCAUGGUCACCAUUGAUGGAACUUCCAAUGCCCCCGCUGGAUCUCAUUCUUCUGAGAAGCAUGCCCCCAUUUUGAGCAAGUGCAUGACUGAAUCCUAUGGCAACCAGAUGGGGUACACUCUUGAGUCAUUUGAAGUGAACAAGGAGAUUGAUGUCAAGAAGGAUGAAGAAACCAACAACCUUGAGUCCUCUACUGGUGGCUGGGAUGACUGGUACAUUGGCCUUGAGUACUACCUUGGAGGUGCCCAAUUCUAUGGUGGCUGGUGGGGUGAGUUGUCUUCCACUGAAGGCAAUGCUGACCCAGUUGCCCGUUUCCUUGAAGCCCACUUGUCCAGUCCUUCAGCCAAAGCUAUCCACGAAGAGUUUGAAGCCAAUGUUUGCGAUUGCCUUGUCCAGAGCAACACCAAGACCUUUGCCCAUGCCCACGACUGCAAGAUUGAGUACUUUGUGCACUUCCCUGACAAUGGUCCCAUUGCCAAGUCUGUUGAUGUUCAGCCUGUCAAGAAGGUCAAGGCUGAGAAGCACCAUGAUGGGCAAGAUGUUGUCAAGAUGGGAACCAUGGUCACCAUUGAUGGAACUUCCAAUGCCCCUUCUGGAUCUCAUUCUUCUGAGAAGCAUGCCCCCAUUUUGAGCCAGUGCAUGACUGAAUCCUAUGGCAACCAGAUGGGGUACACUCUUGAGUCCUUUGAAGUGAACAAGGAGAUUGAUGUCAAGAAGGAUGAAGAGACCAGCAACCUUGAGUCCUCUAUUGGUGGCUGGGAUGACUGGUACAUUGGCCUUGAGUACUACCUUGGAGGUGCCCAAUUCUAUGGUGGCUGGUGGGGUGAGUUGUCUUCCACUGAAGGCAAUGCUGACCCAGUUGCACGAUUCCUUGAAGCCCACUUCUCCAGCCCUUCAGCCAAAGCUAUCCAUGAACAGUUUGAAGCCGAUGUUUGUGAUUGCCUUGUCCAGAGCAACACCAAGACCUUUGCCCAUGCCCAUGACUGCAAAAUUGAUUACUUUGUCCACUUCCCCGACAGUGGUCCUGUCAUUGUGACCACUGAGUAA